AUGAACGAGGCGCAGUUGACCGCCACGCUCAACAGCGAAUCGGGCACGACGCCGGAACAGAGCGGCGUGCAGAUGCCGGGCACGCCGCGGCGGGUGCAGCAGGCGCCGUGGUUGCGUCCGCCCGCGCCGCACUUGAUCAGCUUGUGCAGCUCGGCGCCGCAGAAAGGGGCGAGACUCCUCACGUCCGUCAUGUUGGCGUCGAACGAGCACAGGGGCAUGCACAUCUGCCGCAGCUUGAUGUUGACGCAACAGUCGGUCAGAUUGUACGGCGACGUGGUCAGCUCCCGGUCGUUGGCGAUCUCAUUGCCUCAUCUACCGGCUGAAAGGGGUAAUCCCGGGUGCCCUAAUUUUUGUAUGGAAGAUGGGUUUCAUACAAUUGUCGCGUACACCUUACAAUUUCCUGACAUCAGUGAAGUUAUGAGUCGUUUUCUGAGGGACUAUGUAUUUAAUUAUUGGUUUGUGCAAAUUGGUCCACGGCGCUUAAGUGUUUUUGGUCAAGAUCACCGGACCAACAAUUACUUGGAAUCUUUCCAUUCAACGUUAAUCACACAAAUUGGACGCCACCCCAAUAUUUGGGAUUUUCUUCAAAGACUGAUUGUUGUUGAAAAUCAGUUCUUUGUAGAAUUUCAACAGCGCACAAAUAACCUCACGAUUAGAGACGGUACUUCCAGAUCUCUAAGAGAAAACGCUACGCGGAUAAUAAGAGAGUCAGUUCAACAACUCAACAGAGACAGUGACCUAUUAAUGUUUUUGAGGAGGACUGGUCACCGAAAUGAUGGGUAUGUUCAAGAACAGAUUGGACCUUAUCCCUGAGUAUGUUGUAAAUACUAAACACUGUAAAUAUUUGAAUUAGUUUAAAUUACAUUUUCUGCUUGUCCACUCAUAAAAAUAUUGUACUUAACAUUGUCGGGGGUCUGUUAUUGUUAAA